AUGGGAAAGGAGAAAGCUGUUUCUGGUCACACCAUACCACUCCAUAGUCGCCCUGUAACUCGUGCUCUUGCGCUUGCUCUGCGUGCUUCUUCUAAGCUGACAACAUCUUCAGAAGCGGCUGCUACUACACAGAUCAACCAGGGACGGGUUCUGAGAGCAAACUGUAAAAGACCAUACUUGGAUGAGAAGAAAGCCAAUCCACCUAAGAAGCGAGCUGUUCUUAAGGAUAUCACAAAUAUUACCUGCGAGAAUUCUUACAGAAGUUGCUUCAACGCAGCUAAGAUUCAGGUGGAGAACAUCAAGCAGAUAAAGAAGGGAAGGGCAGGUUCUUCCAUGGUGGCAUCAUCCUCUGCUACUUCAGAAGUUACAGAUGCGAAGGUAGAAGCUGUGUCAUAUGCGGCAGGAGUAAGCUUGUCUGGUUGUACAGGCACGAGCUUAGACACAAACGAAGCAUCUUGUAGCUUUAUCCAAAAGCAGCGGAGUUCCAGGUUGCCUCCAAGACCUCUUGAGAGAUCAGCUUCUACAGUUGAGGGAAGUUGUUCCACUGUGGCAAGUAGCCCGAAAUUCGUUGACAUUGAUUCAGAUGACAAGGAUCCUUUACUCUGUAGCCUUUACGCACCUGAAAUCUACUACAACAUGCGUGUUGCUGAGCUUAAACGCAGACCAUUUCCUGAUUUUAUGGAGAGAACUCAAAAAGAUGUGACUCAGACAAUGCGGGGAAUUCUGGUUGAUUGGCUUGUAGAGGUCUCAGAGGAAUACACACUUGUACCUGACACUCUCUACCUCACAGUAUAUCUGAUAGAUUGGUUUCUGAAUGGAAACUACAUGGAAAGACCAAAACUUCAAUUGCUCGGCAUCACUUGUAUGCUCAUUGCUUCGAAGUAUGAGGAAAUCUGUGCGCCACGCAUUGAGGAGUUCUGCUUCAUCACGGAUAACACGUACACUAGAGAUCAGGUCCUGGAAAUGGAGAGCCAAGUACUCACGCAUUUUAGCUUUCAGAUUUACGCUCCCACUUCAAAAACAUUCCUCAGGAGAUUUCUCCGAGCAGCUCAAGCUUCUCACGUGAACCCAAGUCUGGAAAUCGAGUUUCUGGCGAAUUAUCUGACGGAGUUGACGUUAAUGGACUAUCAAUUCUUGAAGUAUCUGCCGUCGGUCAUUGCUGCAUCGGCUGUUUUUCUUGCCAAGUGGACAUUGAACCAAUCAAGCCACCCUUGGAAUCCAACGCUCGAGCAUUACACAACGUACAAAGCCUCCCAUCUCAAAGCAUCUGUUCACGCCUUGCAAGAUCUGCAGCUCAACACCAAAGGAUGCCCCUUAAACUCUAUACGCAUGAAAUAUAGGCAAGAAAAGUUCAAAUCCGUGGCGGUAUUCUCUUCUCCGAAUCUACCUGACAAGCUAUUCUUCUGA